AUGACCGGCAAAAUUAAACAUUUGAACUGGUCUGAAGGGAACACGCGAGUUCAAGCUGUGGAUUUCACACUCUCUGAACAGUCACGGCUGACGCGCAGCGACCUAGGUAGUUGGAUGCCCUCUGCAAGCCACGCAUACCCACCAACAGGUGCAGGUGCUGGCCCUUACGAAGACGCAGCAAUGAAUGUCUCUCUGGACAAACGCGCGCCUGGAAAUAAGAUCCCGAGCAGAUCUUUUGCAGUUGAGUCUGACAUCGAGAGAGUGAAAGAAGUUACAAUCAAAUCAAGUCUCACGGGCGCCCAGAGGCACAGGCGCGUGGCAGCCAACGCACGAGAGAGGCGAAGAAUGCAUGGAUUGAAUCGCGCAUUUGACAAAUUAAGGAGCGUCAUUCCCUCUUUGGAAAACGAGAAAAAACUGUCAAAGUAUGACACUCUUCAGAUGGCUCAGAUCUAUAUAACCGAACUGUCCGAGUUACUGGAAGGUGUUGUGCAAUCAGAGUGCAGAACCAGCAUCACCUAUGCAAUGGAAUCGUCUUCUCAGCCUCCACCCGGCCAGCAGGAGGUUGUCUCGUCCAAUAGUAGUGACGGAGAAUCGUCUCAUUUCAGCGACAAUGACGAUGGUCAGUCUGAAAGACACUGA